UCCUUACGUCUGUUUGUCGCAUAAAGUGGAGUAGGGCGAAUUGGGGGUCAGAUUUUGAAGACUUGGAGGAAUAAAGUCAUGGCUUUUCGAGUGUUCCGUCUGUUUAUGCCAUCGAGUGCGGGCUCUCUAAGAGUAGGAAUCAGAGUGCAAACGGGGAGCAUUCACACUGGUCCUCCAAGAAAGCUACAGUAUGGCUGGUGGGCCUAUGUACUUGGUGAAAGAACCACUCCAAGGUUCAAGGACAAUAGCAAGAUCAUUACUGUAGAUGGAAACCUAGCUUCUGGGAAGGGUGUGUUUGCUCAGAAACUGGCAGACAAACUAGGCAUGCUCUACUUACCUGAGCCUGAUGUCCAUUACUGGGAUAAGAAGAUGGGUGAUAAAGAGCUUUUGGAUACCUGUUUCAAUGGGAACUGCAGUCUAGACAUGUUCUAUAAAGACCCAAAAAGCGCAGAUGGAAAUUCUUAUCGUCUACAGUACUGGAUGUACCAUAUUCGAUUCCUGCAAUACUCCGAUGCCAUUGAGCACUUGCUUACAACUGGGCAAGGUGUUGUUCUGGAGCGUUCUCCCUACAGUGACAUGGUAUUCCUUGAGUCAAUGUUCAAACAAGGAUACAUCAGGAAGCAGUGUGUGGAGCACUAUAAUGAGAUCAAGGGCAUCAGCAUCUGUGAAUUCCUGCCCCCUCACCUGGUUAUUUAUAUUGAUGUAUCUCCUGAAGAGGUGCAGAAAAAGCUCAAGCAAUCAGGCAAGCAAUAUUUGCAGAAUGUGCCACUUGAAUAUCUGAAGAACAUAGAUGUUGCAUACAAAAAGACUUUCCUUCCACAAAUCAGUGAGACCUCUGAGGUGUUGGUAUAUGAUACAACUCAAGUGCAGGAUAUUGAGAAGGUGGUAGAAGACAUUGAGUAUCUGAAGUUUGAAAAGGGGCCCUGGUUGGAACAGGAUGAUGUCACUUUCCAUUACCUCAGAAUGUUGGUUGAAGACAAACAAAAAGUUGCAGACCUUACCAUCAUCCCCAGGUACCUGCCAGAAGUGACCAUUGGAGGACAUGAAUAUGAUGAAAUCUAUUAUGCUUACAGAUCGCUCCCUGGGAAGAAGUAUGCAGCGGGAUACAAUGAGGAUGCAGGAGACAAACAUAUCUGGUUAAAGUAAACAAUGUGGAAAAUAGUAGAAAGAUGGCUACAGAACAAGACAAAUAAUUCAGGAAUUUAUCUCUUAAAAAGGAACUUUAAACAAAACCUUUUUUUGUAAAAUGUCAAUGAUUUUGUUAAUGCAUUUCAUACAUUUUUAUUUUCCUUGAAACAUGCUUGGGUGGAACUGGUCAUUUUCAUUCUUGAACAUGAUUGUUCAUCUGGUUAGGAUUAUUGUAUGUAGUCAAAUCUGCCAGUAUCCUUUUAAAGAUAGAAGACUCAGAAACUAUUUAAAUCUUCUGCUAAAAUAAUAUAAGUAUAACUGACACGUAGCCUUAACAUUAUAAUCUAAAAGGAAGCUUUUAUAUUCAUGAAUAUUUGAGUUAACAGAAUUUUACUGGUUCAAUAUUCCACCAUUUUGAAAUAUGCAUUUGUUUUAAAGCUAUUGUUCAUUUUGAAUUGUGUAGUACAAGGAAUGCAGAAUCAAAGCAGUUUUGUAUUAAAAAUAUCACAUAAUUACAUUGUCCCUCUGGCUACUUUUCUGCAGUUUCUGUGAUGGCAAAUGCAUGACAGUGGUACAUGUCUUGACAACUGUGUGAUUUGGUUUGUUCUGUGGAUAUUGACUGUAAUAGGGCUUAUUAAACUUAUUGAUGAUCACAAAA